AGUGCCUAUUUUUGAUAUAAAGAGCACCGAAUUCUGCGUACAUUGAUGACAUUAACACAACACAUCGAUUGCUAUUCACACUUCCCGAAGCAAAAAAUAUGUGUAACAAAUACUUUCAUCUCCAUUUCGUCGAUGUUAGUUUCACAUCAAUUCUUUAAAUUCAGAUCAUCGAACAGGAAGUCAACUCAUUCCUAAUAUACGCUUCAUUUCAUGAAAUAAACAAAUGUUCAACGGAACGAACAUAUUAUUUGUUUAUUUUUCCAGUCCAGCGUUGUGCUGCAUGCGUACAUUCUAUAUUUAGGACGAACACGAUGCCGCCGGUUCGUUGCAAACACAUACAAUAAACCGUUUCACGAAAAAAAAAUUCCAUGCGAAACACCAAAACACAGAUGUGAUUCAGUUGACCACAGUAUGAAUUCAAUGUGUUGUUUUGGCAAGGAACAAUGGCAGUUCACAGUUUUAACGCUGCUACUGUGUCGAUUGCACGAAAAAUGGAUUUAGCCACUGUGGUUUCUGUUUCCGUAUUCAUUUUUAAUGAAAGAUCAGCAAAACUAGUGAUAAUCGUUUGUUCUUUUUCCACCGUAAGACAGUGAGUGUAUACAAUGGGACGAUUUUGUGUGCUAAAAAAGCAAAGACAUGUUUGCGGCGAAUUUUGUUCAUGUUACCGUUGUGAUACAAAACUAACUGGACAUUUGCAAAGUGGCACUGCUAACAUUUUGACACAACGAAAUUAGCGGAUCAUUUGACAGACUCGGUGACAUCGAUGAGUCGAUGUGAAUUUCAUCAUACGACCGCAACGAAACACAACGAAGCGAAUCGAAUUCAGUCAGACGAGUUGCAUUGCCUGCUGAUCCAAAAUGCCGAAGAGAAAGGGUACACCACUUCGCGGUAACCAGCGGAAAAAGAAGAAAAUAGUCAGCAAAACGGGUAUUGAAGGAGAAAUCGGCAUUCUAGCGAUAAAAAUGACAUUGAAGGCUAUCGUUCGACCACAAUAUUAUCAACAAGUGAAAGAUUGGUUCACCCAAAAGUCGAUUGAAUGCACCAAAAUCUGCGCGUUAGCUUCGCUGCUCUUCCUGUACAAAGUUAAGAGUGCCAACGAAAGUAAUAAUGCGGACUUCUUCAGUGGUGAUGGCAACAAGGAAAUUAAGGAUUGUUUUUAUGCAGUUUUACAAAAAAACAAAGAGAAGGAAGAAAUGGUUCCAGAUUUUCGUGAUUUCGUGGAGAAUAUGGAGGCCGAAAACCGAUUCAGUUGGCCGGGUAAUAGCUUCUUCGGAAACCAGAUGCAAUACCUCUACAAGCAAUACACCACGAAUUUGCGCAACAAUUUGGAGAUGCAUGCCGAAAGACGCCUGUACCAAUAUCUCAUAAUGCGUGCGUGGCAAUUUAACGCUGUUUCAACUGGCCCCACAUUACGCAACGAUGAUAUCAAGCGUGCCGUGCAAUGGACCAUCGAUCGGUAUGAUCCCAUCAAAACAACCGACCGACAUUGGGAAGUAAAGUGGGAGAAGCGCCAAUUGCUUCUCGAUAUGAUUGCGGAAAUUGGCGGGCCAGAAGAUAAUGAUGUCGCAAUAUACACAACAUCGGAAGGAACAUGGUUCAAAUCAAUCAACAUGUGGUUGACUAUGCAAAUGGAGGUGGACAAUUUCCACAUUUGGGCUGAGGAAAAUGGCAUUGAAAUUCCGAAGAUCAAAAAUCUCAAAGUCAUUCCGAUUCAUCAGUUCAUGCGACAGCACGUGAAAAUGGAGACGGACGUUCUCAUUCGAAUGAUGUCCGAAAUGCGAUUCAGAUUACAUGGUCUAAUAAUCAAGUACGAAAUUGUGGAGGACCCCAUGACGCAGUGUUGGGAUGAGAUUUUCGAUAUGCCAAAGAUACAUCGCCUGUUGAAAUCAAACAAACGUUUCCGGCCCUACAUUGCCUCGAAUGGUCAAGCGGUAUCCAUUAUGUACGAAGUACCGAAGAGUCACCUGGAUCGUUUAGUAGACGAUGAAAUCGUGCGGAAACGGUAUCGUGAUGGUGUGUACGUAUACGAGAUUGGGAUUGAUCCCGGCAUGCGUACCUGGAACGCGACAGUCAGACGGAAUAUCAAAACUGGCAAAGAGGUGAGUUGCAUUUUAGUUUCAAUUUGUGUUUGUGUUGUCUCAAAUCGUGUGAUUGAGUGCAUUAUUUCAUUUUUUAUCAUUUUCCCACAGAUCAACUUCACGGUCAGCUCGAAGAGGUACCAUUAUCUGGCCAGGCAGGGUGUUCGGGAUAGGAAGGCAAAGCGAUGGACAAGGCGAUUUGUGGCCGAAGAACAGCAUGACCGUGAACGCUAUCAACGGAUGCCAUCGCCAAAAGGUGAAAAUUGGGGGUCUUACAUCGCACAUCGUUUGACAAUGCUGAAGAAAGGAAUUGAGACGUAUACAACAGAAAAAUACGCCCGUCUGCAAUUUGACAAAUACAUCCAAUCAAACCGUGCAACCGAUAAGAUUGCUAAUUUACUGACAAAUCGCAAACCAUCCAUCAUUCACAUGGGAGCCGUUGAUAUGCCGGCGAAUUCUCCGAUCCGAAUCAAGAAACAUGUUCGUUGUCCAGGCAACCGUAAGUUGGCAAAGAGCUUCAGAAAGAUUCCGAACACCGUCGUGCGACAAGUCAACGAGAACAGAACAUCACAGCUUUGCGGUAGAUGUUUCACCCCGUUCGACAUAGCAACACAACGUGAUCGAAUGAAAGUAUGCGAAUGGUGCCUGCCAGAUAACGAUGAUUGGCCACCAAAUUUGCAGUUACCAACGAAAAUCGUGUCGAAGAAGAGCAAGCGCACGCUGAUAGCGGAUCGACAACGAAUGCGUGAAGCAGUGGAACAGGAUCCAAAUCAAGCUGAACGUUUUGUGUCUAAGGUGAUUUCAUACCAGAAAAACUGGCAACAAAGCGCAGCAAUCGAUGAGGACGCGGACCCUGCCGAGCAAGAGGAUGCAGCAGAGUCACAUGAUCGUCGCAUUUUGAAGACUUGUUGGCAUCGAGACAUCACUGCUGCGAAGCUGAUCUUAUACAAAGGCCACUGUCACCUCUUCGGAAUUCAGCUGCACUUCAUGUUCACAAUUGAACGAAUCAGAUAGAAUAAGAAAUAAGAAAUGUCAAUUAGAAUAGAAUUUUUUCAAACAACAUUUUUGUAAUAGCGUAUUA